AGGCGGCAGAGUUCGGUGUCUUCUUUCCAGCAGGCUGUCCACGUCCCCCGGCAUUUGUUUUGAUCUUUUUGUCCCUACUUACUUAAUUUCCAUAUUGUCAAUUCAUGUUGGUUACCAGUCUUUAGUUCUCAAAAGUGAUCAUCUUAAAAAUGGGGGUUGUUCUCAAGUUUAGCUUGGUCCUCAUCUGUCCACUCCUCCUGCAAAUCGCCAUCACUUCGGGCGACCAAUGUUACUCGUACGCCGGUGGUCAUGUUUACCCACAGGAAAAUACGGCCAAGGGACACAAUCUGCAGUGGACAAAGGCAUUGAUCUCCAAACCAGCCCCGGCUUUUGAAGCAACUGCAGUUAUCAAUGGCUCCUUUAAAUCGCUCAAGUUGUCAGAUUAUCUAGGAAAAUAUGUUGUCUUCUUCUUUUAUCCAUUGGAUUUCACUUUUGUAUGUCCAACAGAGAUUUUGGCGUUUAACGACCGAAUUGACGAAUUCAAAAAGAUGAAUACGGAGGUUAUUGCAAUCUCGGUGGAUUCUCAUUACACGCAUCUUGCGUGGAUGAACACUGCCAGAAAAGAAGGGGGACUUGGGUCCUUAAAAAUUCCACUCGUUUCAGAUCUUACUCACUCAAUUUCUAAAGAUUAUGGUGUGUAUUUGGAGGAAAUGGGGCACACGCUGAGAGGAUUGUUCAUUAUUGAUGACAAGGGAGUUCUUCGCCAAAUCACAAUGAACGAUUUGCCCGUCGGUAGAAGCGUUGACGAAACGCUUCGUCUCGUUCAAGCAUUCCAAUACACGGAUGUCCACGGUGAAGUUUGUCCAGCAGGAUGGAAACCGGGACAGGACACUAUCAUUCCAGAUCCAGAAGCAAAGAAAAAGUAUUUUGAAAAAAGUGCAAGCAAGUCAACCGAGCUUUGAUUAAUUCCGAAAAGUUUCUUCUUGUUAUUUACAUCUUCUUACAAUUAGUAUUGCAUUCCUUCUCAAAAUUUAUUGCAAAACUCUUGUCUUUUAAUGAUCGUCCCGAUUGAUUCGUUUGGUUGACAAAUUGGCAAUACAACAAUUUGUCAGUCAGUACAAAAACCAACUAUGCAAAAUACGUUGUUAAACUCUAUGUAAAAUGUGAUUAAUUUAUUAUUCAAGUUCAUUAUAUAUUAUUUAUAAUAAUAUUUAACUUGGGAGUAAAAUUUAUUUAUAAAAAUA